CUCGGCAAGCCGCCAGCCACUGCCGUUUAGAGGAGGGGAAACACGCUUCAUUUAAUCCUUAUCUGACCGCUCUGUGUUACACACCGGGAGAGGUUUGAUCCAGCCGGGAGUUCAGUUCACGGGAGACGGUCAACUGGAAACAGCAGGGCCAUGGCAGCCUUCUGGAGCUUCAUGCAGCAUCCACGCUUCUGUUUUCUAAGCUGUCUUUCUGGAGUUUUACUCUUUCUGCUCUUAAGCCAAGCAUUUAGACCCAGGCAGCAGUUGGAGAAGCACAAAAGAGACUUUUCUGACUCCACAGAAAUCCCAGCAGAACACAUCGAUCCCGCUGCCAUCGACCUCACCCUCCUGGUCAAUACUUUAAUAAAUUCAAGCCAAUCAGGUUCCCGGCAGCUCUUCUCGCUGCUCAGUGUGACGUCCUACAGCUCACUGGCUCUCCAUAAACUCACCCUGUUGGUCUACAACAUUUCCAGCACCAGAAAUCUAGAAAGCGGCAUGUUCAGGAGAAGGUUCUGCUACUGCGUCACCAACGAAACCAACGAUUUAACAGACUUCACAGCCAUACUGUUGGAUGUGAUGGGAAACUCUACAAGUCACCUACAUGAGCUCUUCAAGUCUUCCUCCAUUUUAUCAGUAAGUCAGAGGAACAACUCGGACUGUAUUUACAUCUGUGUGAUGGCAGGUAAGACGGGCAGAGUGAUGCCUGAUUUGUGGGAGGUCGGCUCCAUUACUCCACUCUUUAACCAGACCAUCGCUGAAGGGCCACACACAGUGGCUAACAUCUCAGACUUCAGACUUCCUGCUGAAUGGAGCCAACAGCCCACAAAUCUGAGUCACAUCUCCCCGUCUGGGACCAGCUCCAUGCUGACCGGCAGGAUCCAUUCCACUGCACAUGCUUCAGCAGCAACUCCGGAUGAAACGCCUGCAACAACAGCAAAGGUCACCAGCACUCUGCCAACACUUCCACCUUCCACAUCCUUCAGUCCAUCAACAGUCCGAAGGCCCGAGACAUCAAAAUCAUGGACGACCCAGAGAUUUCUGGCUCUCAGCAGGACAACGCGAAGUGUAACAACACGACCGGGGACACUGACGAUGGCAACAGUUCCUCAGACUCAAACCACAGAAAUAACAAGUUUACCACUACUCAGAACCCUGAAACAACCAACCACUACAGUUUCAGCUCCAGCCACAGUUAGGCCUCUGACAACCGCAAUAAUGACUCAACUCACCACAUUGUCUCUAAAAUCCACCACACACUCACCAGCAAUAAGUCUGGCCCCGCUGACCACAGCUACCAGUACAACUCAACACACACUACUCACAGUCCAUCCAACAAGACUUUCACCUUUCCAACCAACAGCAGGAACUACGGUGGCCAGAAGGACCACUCUCAGCAGGAGAACUACAACCCCUAGCAAAUCUGUGGAAACAGAGAAACCAGGUUGUCCCUGGAGGAGACCGGCGCUUCAUGGCGAGUCCGUCUCCAUCACCACGACGACGGUCAGCGCUCACAAGCUGCAGCCCUGCGUCCUUGAGCUCUGCAAGUUCUUCUCCCAGUGCCUCUGCAGACCCUUCAGCCACAAAACCAGCAUGAAAAGAUACUGUGAUGACAGCCACCUCUGGUACGAAAAGCACACAUUCGAAGUGUGCCAACGAGUACGAAGAAUCUCCUUCUCCAGAAAUCUGAAACAGAGAUGCCUGACAAAGAUGUGCAAUAAACUGUGACCAGAGGGGAGGCAGAGAAGGCAAAGAACCGUUCAUCAUCACAGGAAGAGGCCGAAGCCACAAACAGCAGCAGAUAACACCUCUGGAACAUCUGGAGAAGACGUCGGUAAUCUCUAAAAUGAUUGGAUUUCAUUCACAACACUUUAACAGACUGAUCUGUUUCAGGUAUUACCGACUAAAGUGUGGAUAGAUGAGUCGCACUGAAUCGGACAUCCCUGAACUACAACUGGACCAUUUAUCUAAAAAAAGAGAAAAGUCUGGACCAUUAACGAUUAUUAGAAUUAAAGAAUUUUUAACCUCGAACACAUGAAGGUUUUUUCUUGCUUUUUUGUAAAAUUGUAGGUAAAAUCACAGAAAAUUGGGCGGUGAAAGUAGAAUGGGUAACUACAUACUCAUUUUUAAAGUUUUUAAACUACAGUUUCUUUGUAUUUAUGAACAUCAUACAAUGUUUGACCAGUGAACUGUGCAAACACAUCUAUGAUCUAACUAGAUUGUUUCUUUUUAAAUAUGUCGUCUUGUAUUAUGUGGUAUUGGAGAUGAUUAUAAAUCUUUAAAAACCUGAAAGCUGCUUCUGCUUUUGCACUCUAAAGAGCUCAGACUGCAGUUGAACAAUGAAACAAAACAUAUUCAGAAAGAAAGUUUUCAUACCUGUAAUAAACAUGAUCAUGUCAUAAUGUAUUUUCGCUGACUCAGCUUUUCUUAAGAACGCUAAAAACAGUUUUUCUUCUAUUUGUUCU